AUGGACUACCAGAACCGCGCGGGCUCCAAGUUCGGCGGCGGCGGCGUGGCCUCGCAGUCGGCCACCAACGCCGACCGCCGCGAGCGGCUGCGCAAGCUGGCCCUCGAGACCAUCGACCUCGACAAGGACCCCUACUUCUUCCGCAACCACGUCGGCUCCUUCGAGUGCCGCCUCUGCCUGACGGUGCACCAGAACGACGGCUCCUACCUCGCCCACACGCAGGGCAAGAAGCACCAGACCAACCUCGCGCGCCGCGCCGCCAAGGAGGCCAAGGAGGGCGCGCGCCGCGACGUCGACCCGGCCACGGGCCUGCCCGUCGGCGUCGUGGGCGCCGGCUUCGGCGCGCUGGGCCUCGGCGGCGGCGCCCGCGGCCGGCCCGUCGUCAAGAUCGGCCGCCCGGGCUACAAGAUCACCAAGGUGCGCGACCCCGUCACGCGCCAGCAGGGCCUGCUCUUCCAGCUGCAGUACCCGGACGUGGCGCCCGAGGCGCAGCCCCGCUGGCAGGUCAUGAGCGCCUACAGCCAGCGCGUCGAGGAGCCCGACAAGAACUUCCAGUACCUGCUCGUCGCCGCCGAGCCCUACGAGACGUGCGGCUUCAAGAUCCCCGCCCGCGAGCUCGACAAGCGCGACGGCAAGGUCUUCGACUACUGGGACCGCGACUCCAAGGAGUACUGGAUCCAGAUCAUGUUCAUGACGGAGCGCGAGGAGCGGUUCAACGCUGCGCCCGGCCUGACGGGCAGGAGGUGA